ACCCCUGCGUCGUCCGCAACUGUUCAUACCUCUGUCUGCUUACGGUGUCAGAGAGGCCGGGCGGAUUGGCGCAGGCUACCUGUCAGUGUCCCGAGAACCACGUCCCUGUUGGGAAGAACAGCUGCAAACCCAACUGUGACGAGAGCCAGUUCCUGUGCAAGCAGAGCUCCAAGUGUAUACCCCACUGGUGGCAGUGUGACAAUAAUCAGGACUGCGAAGAUGGCUCGGACGAGAAAAUGGAAAAUGGGUCAGAGUGCGCGGCAUACCCUUGCUCUCAACCGGGGUCUAUUUAAGUGUAGCAGCGCCAAGAAUGCGAGUGGUUGUGUCCCACCAAGCUUUAUUUGCGAUGGUAAUCGGGAUUGCGAUGAUGGGUCUGACGAAACGAAGUACAACUGCACCACGUUCCCUUGUAUGACGGGCCAGUACAAGUGUACGGCAGACAACAAGUGUAUCAGCAGCUUCAAGGUGUGUGACGGCAAGCAUGAUUGUACGGACGGAGCAGAUGAACUGAACUGCACAAAAGAGGAUUGCCUGUCGACCCAGUUCCGAUGCAACUCGACCGGUAACUGUAUUCCCUAUCUGUGGCAAUGCGACGGCGACUACGACUGUGCAGCUCUUGAGGAUGAGAAGGACUGCGACAAGCGAGCGUGCAAGGAAAGCUACAAGAAGUGUAACAAGACCAACAAGUGCAUACCCGAGGCCUGGUUCUGUGAUGGAGAAAAUGACUGUGGGGAAGGAGAUACUUCUGAUGAAGGAGAACUUUGCCAUGAAAAGACAUGUGGUACGGACUACCUUCGCUGCAAUAACGGACACUGUAUUCCAAGGCGCUGGCAGUGUGACGGUGACCAAGACUGUAGCGACGGCUCGGAUGAAAACAAUUGCCCUGUCAAGAACUGUACAGAAGGGGAAUUCUCAUGCAAGGAUCGGAACCGAUGCAUUCCAAUCUUCGCCGUGUGUGACGGAAAAUCCGACUGUGCAGACUACUCCGAUGAGAAAGAUUGCCCCAAUAAGGCGAACUGCAGUCAAGAUCAGUUCCUGUGCAAGAACACAGGCAUGUGUAUCCCGCACUCGUGGCAGUGCGACGGGGAAAAGGAUUGUGCGGACGGGGAUGACGAGAAAUCUUGCGAAAAACAGGGUAUAUGUCGAGCCUGGGAGCACCACUGUGACAACAUGUGUAUAUCAGCCUUGUGGGUGUGCGAUGGAGAGAAGGACUGCAGCGAGGGUGAAGAUGAGACGCAUUGUGAUGCGUACACCUGCCCUCCAGACUGGUUUAAGUGCUCGGACGGUGUCUGCAUACCACGCUAUAAAGUCUGCGAUGGCACCAGAGACUGCAAGGCUCCAAUGGGGCUGUCUAAUAAGAAUAUGACAAAGUGGAAUGACGAGGCAGACCACUUGUGCAAGGCAACAUGUGCCAUUCACGAGGUCAAGUGCAAGAACAGAGAGAAGUGCAUAGAUAUCAGUCAGUUGUGUGACCAAGUGAACGACUGCUCGGACUCCUUAGAUUCAUCCGACGAAAUUAACUGCCUGCCAUGGAACGUCACUAAGUGCCCAUCGAACCACACGUGUCAGCACAGCUGUAGCAUGAACACCACACUUGGAAGGAUGUACUGCACAUGCAAACCGGGCUUCGAGCUUGGGGCGGACGGAAAGAGUUGUAGGGUGAUGAAUCCAUGCAACAAGUUCGGCGCCUGUGAUCAGUUGUGCAUCCCUGAGAAGGAGAAGCCUUUCUGCAUCUGCGCAACAAAUUACAAAGAGGAGACAUUGGUGUAUAAUGAUACCUUAAGAUACAGAUUUUGUUCUGCCAUAGGAAAUGAUCCCAAGCUGCUGAUACCUGAUGAAAACAACCUCUAUAUACAAAGUCACAACCUGACUCAAUCUCGGUACAUCUUAAACGGGGCCAGCGACAAAGACAGCACGCUGGGUAAAGUUAUCUCCCUUGAUGUGGACACGACAUCAGCUGAAGAGGUGUCCGUGUUCAUCCUGCAGAGGCUCAACGAGCGUAACAUGAUCGUGAAGGCUGUUCACAAACAGAACACCAAGGGGAACAGUAACAGUCCGAAUAAACGAGAAGCUGAUCCAGUGAUGAAGUUGACUCCCUUGGCUAAUGACCUGACUGAUCCUCGCAGCAUAGCAGUGGACUGGAUUGGCAAAAACCUGUACUGGACAGACAUACAGGCGACCAAGAUUCACAUGCUCCACUACAAGGAUGUUAACGUGGCUGCCAGAAAGGUCACGGUCAUUAACGAGGGUCUUCUGAGGCCUUUUGCUAUAGCCGUGGAUCCAAUUGUCGGGAAAAUUUUCUAUACGGAUUAUGGAAACCCGCCAAAAGUCGGCUCAGCGAACCUUGACGGUUCCAGCGUGACUGCCAUUUUACAUGACCAGCUGAUCUAUCCGACGGGAAUCGCCGUGGACUAUGUCAAUCAGCGAGUGUACUUUGCAGACGCCAAGAAGCAUACCAUCGAGGCUGUAAAAUAUGACGGAACUGAUAGAAAUGUGGUUCAAAAACUAAGUGCUGAUGAUGUACCCUAUCAGCUUGACAUCUUUGAAGACUUCGUGUACGUAAUGAUGUUCAACAGUUCUCGGCCAAUCAUCAAGUUCAGCAAGUUUGCGACCCGGUUUCCUGGAAAACAGAACAUCGUAGAGGUCACGCAGGGUUUGCAACAUGUCGGCGAUAUUGUCAUUCUGCAGGAGAAUAAGCAGAUAAUUCCGGACGACGCAUCCCUAAAAAUUCUGCUGAAGACGAACACAAAAGUAGAGCUUAACGCCUGUCAGUCGUCACCAUGUGGCAAUCGCAGCCUGUGCGUCAAUGCGCCCUCUAUGAAGCCCUACUAUGCCUGUUUGUGCGGUGACGGGGCCACGUACAACAACCAAUCGAAGACAUGUGACUACAUGAAGUGUCCAGAAAACUACUGCGGUCGCCACGGAAACUGCUCUGUCUCCGAUAACAACGAGUACAAGUGCUCGUGUGAGCUUGGAUUCGAGGGAAGACGAUGCGAACUUGACCUCUGCUACAAAUACUGCGCCGCCAAUGGAAGCUGUUCCUUCAUGAAAGCCAAGACGGGGUUGAUCACCAGAUUUUGCGAUUGUCCUCCCAUGUUUUAUGGAGACCGCUGUCAGUUCAGCAACUGUACGCUGUGUAAGAAUGGGGGACAUUGCUCCCUGGAUGUGAACAACAAAACAGUCUGCGUGUGCCCCGAGGGAUUCAAAGGGCUGGACUGUAGCCAGAUGGUGAAGUUCUGGUGUGAUGGUUACUGUGAGAACGGUGGCACCUGUAGUGUCAAUCCCAGCAGACGGAGAGUCUGUGCCUGCUCGCCAGAUUACCGAGGUGAGCGCUGCGAGCAGUGCAGCAGUCAAGUAUCAUUCAACGUAUGCUUGAACAACGGUACCUGUCACAUGAACGGCGAACGGCAAGCAUCUUGCACAUGUCAACCGGGAUACGACAACCGCACUUACUGUGAAAAGAAGACAUGCGUAGGCUAUUGCAAGUUUGACUCGGAGUGUUCCCUGGUUAACAAUCAGUUGCGAUGUCGCUGCCGGGAUGGUUUUACUGGGGAGCGCUGCGAUCAGAUAGUGGAUUGUAACCUUGGGCCGUGUAAAAACAGAGGAACGUGUCAUCCGUCAAACAAUGUGGAUGGACCACCCAAGUGUGAAUGUCCGCCGGGCUUCAGGGGACAGUUGUGUGAGAUAGCCACCUGCCAAUUGAAGUGUCUAAAUGGCGGAACAUGCACUUUCGGUGAAAACAGCAAGCCAUAUUGCACCUGUAGCAAAGAUUUCAUAGGAGCUACUUGUGAAUUGUGUGCCAAUCCAUUGCUUGAGGAGCCCAGAUGCAACCAGUCUAAGUGCCACGACUACUGUUUUCAAGGCGGCCAGUGUAUUGGGUGCCAACUUAUACCGGGACUGGAUGGGGUUGCACAGUGUAGAAAGUGCGAGUGUCCUAAGCCAUUCUGUGGCCCCCGCUGUCAGACCCGACACUGCGAGUCUGAGAACUCUGCAGUCAGUCAGGCCAAGCUCUCCAUAGCAACCAUCAUGGUACCAGUGCUGACGGGACUCGUUGUUGUGGUAGCCAUAGUGCUGUUUGUACUCAUAAGGAGAAGGAGAAGUCAGUUCCGGCACCGCUUGCUGAAGGACAAAGUUCAGGUGUCCAACCCGAUCUACAUGCCGCAGACCACCGAGGAUGAUGGGAUGGAAGAUGAUGCACAUCAGCCCUUAGACCAGCCCUUUGACUUUGACCCUGAAAAAUCCACAAAUUUUGCAAACCCAGUCUACGAGCAGUUCUACGACAACGGCAGUCGGCAGACGUUGUUACCAAAGGGAGACGAUUCUGACGAUGAGGAUAAACAGAACGGACACAUACAAAAAUAGCUUUCGAGCAAAAACAGAAUGGACAAAUACAAAAAAUAGCUUUCAAACUAAAGCAGAACGUACACAUACAAAAAUAGCUCAACACUGGUUUAUAGAUAAUAUAUGUGUGCGUUCAGAGAUAUUUUGUAUGUGUUCAUAGAUAAUAUACAUUGUCCUGGGAAGUGUGUUCUUAGAUCUGUUAUGUGCUGUUUUUUUGUCAACGAAAUUUUGACAUUAUUGUUCGGUUGAGAUGCGAGUGGAUAACUGAACUGCUGCUGGUAUGCGGAAAAAAUUGUACGGUUUUUGGUUUUGAUUUUGUUUAGAAACGAGUUAAAAACUGUACCAUUGCUAAUUUAUUAAAAAUAUUGAUAGACUAAUGACAUUAUCAUAUGGUUUAGAUGCCUGUUAAAAACCGUACUGCUGCUGAUUGAUAGAAAUUGAAUGGCUGAAAUAUGAUUGUAAUGCCAUUAAAGUUGAUUGUUUGAAAGCCCAUCAACACUCAAAAUUCAACGAAUAUUUCGAACAAUAAUUUAAAAACUUAAGUAAGCACAUAAAUAUCAAUGUUCCCUAUAGUAAUAGCCAAAAUUUCAAUUCUAGAUGUGGUCUUCUAACAUAGAUUUAACGAGAUGUAAAAUGCUUGUUUUCAUUUUUUGUGUCACAAUCAAUUCUAUGUGGAUUUCCGGCUAGGAUAUCCAAACAUUUACAUUUUUUGACACAAAUCAAUAAAAAUAAGCAUUUUGUAUUGCGUUAAAGUCUAUAUUACCAUACCUUAUCUAGCAUUGAAAUGUUGGCUAUUGCUUUUAGAGACACUUAUUUUUUAUUGAUUAACUUUUUUUUUCCAAGAUAUUUUGCAGAAGACAUGUAUUCAUUGAUUUUGAGUAUUUUUGUGACUGAACACUUGAUUAUUUAAAACAUUUGUUUAUAAAUUAAUAAGUGCCAAUGUGACAAGGUUAUACAGUGAAAUGUGGAGGGUUGUGAUUUAACUGAAUGGCCACAUCAACCUGUGACAGGACUGGUGCGGAGGCCUAGUUCAAUGACCCCAUUUUUGUGGAAUAUUCAUGUAUGUGUUUGAAGAAUAUCUAUUAUGUGCUGUUAUCAUAGACAGCUUUUACAUCUUUUUGGGAAAUACGCGUGAAGCCAUCCAGUUUUGAUGUAAAAGGACUAAAGAUUGAACAUAUCCAAAGCAAGUGUAGUCAGAUAUUUUGUUCUAGGGCCAAAAUAAGUGGUGAUAUGUUUGAAUAACCAAGACUAAUUCUAAAAUAUUAUAUAAUAUAUCAUGAGUUACAAAGCUGCUGAAUAAUGUAAAAAAGGCACAACACAUAUUGAGGCCUUUUUUUCACUUCUCAGAGAAUGGCAGUUUUUUUUACAAUUUUGAGAAAGUUCGUGACCCAAAUUAUCACUCAUUUGAGAAGUUCCCAACUCAUAAUUUUAUAAUUAUAACAAGUUGGCUACUAAUAAUAUUACUCUAAAUAUUCAGUAAAAAGAAGUUCUUGAUAAAAAGUAGUUCUCAAAAUCUCGGUGAAAAGUAUUCCUCAAAAUAUUUGAUAAAAAGUAGUCCACAAAAUAUUUGAUAAAAAGAAGUCUUCAAAAUAUUUGAUAAAAAGUAGUCCUCAAAAUAUAUGAUAAAGAAAAGUAUUUCAUAAAAUAUUUGGUAGAAUGAGAAUUUAGUAAAUAGAAUGAUUAUGUUGACUUAAUAAAAACAACAAAGCAUACCCCUUUUUUUAAAUAGUAAUUAACAGAAAAGCCUUAGCUAUUUACUGCACGCAGACAUUUAAUGAAUUAAAGUGUGAAGUGAUUAACAAAUCAGGGUCCCGGCUAAUUAUUGUUGUUGCUGUUGUUAAAGAUGUUGUUAAAGAUGGAAAAAUAUUUAAUGUAUUUUAAUGUAUUGAAUUUAAUGCUGAUCAUGUUUACCUUACAAUAUGCUAAGUUUUUGAUAGUUUAGACAAGCUUUGCCUGCCCAUUUUCUCACUUAUUGCGAAAAGUUUGUUUCUGUAUACAAAUUGCAAUUGAUCAUUCUGAGUUAAAAUACAUUUUGAGGUACAUUCAAUCAUUGAAACUUGACUGGAAUUGUUGCUUUCCUAAACCUUUCAUCUAUUUUAAAUUAUCAGCAUACUUAUAGAUACAAACAUAAAAACUUCAUUUUAAGCUCACCUGAGCACAAUGUGCUCAUGGUGAGCUUUUGUGAUCGCCUUUUGUCCGUCGUGCAUCAUCAACAUUGCCUUGUUAACACUCCAGAGGCCACAUUUAUUUCCGAUCUUCAUGAAACUUUGUCAGAAGAUUUAUCCUAAUUAUAUCUUUGACAAGUUCAAAAAUGUUUCCAUUUGGUUGAAAAACACGGCAGGCAGGGGCGGGGCAUAUAGUAAAACCUUGCUAGUGAACACUGCUAAAUUCGUUAUUUGGUCAAAUUUGUUUUGUAUAUAAUAAUCCUGAUUGUUAAAUCUUUGCUGCUAAGUGGCUUGAUUUUUUUUUCAGAAUCGACAAGGUGUUGUUUUUGGUGGUUUUUCUAUACUGCUGAAAUGUGUGUAGAAGUUUUAAGUGUAAAAUAUAUAUUUAAAUAAUUCACUCAUGAGAACACUAGUUUAAAUGUAAUAAUUUAUUAUAUUUCCAUUCAUAUGAAUUCUAUAAUACGUCAUAUGUUGCCAGGAACAAUAUGUUAUAAUAUGUUAUAACUAUAAGAAAAUAUGGAAUUCUAUAUAAAUUCUGAAUAUAUGUUUUGGAUCAAAUCCAUGUUUAAAAGAAAUAGAAAAUUAAUUGCUAGUUAUAUGUUGAUAUUUGUAUGUUUAUGUAAUAGUUUUACCAAUAAUUGUUAAUUGACAGAUUUUUUUUAGCAGCUUACUCUCUUUUAGAUUUCAACAAUUCAUAAAAAAAAUUCUACAUUGAUUAUUUAAAGAAAUUUAUGUGUGUAAAAAAUCAAAUCUAUUAUAAAGUAUUUACAUGAAAUAAAUAAAUGGUAACCCCCAAGUCUCAGUAUAAAAAAUAUCACUUGGCGAAAACUAAAAAUUAUGAAAUAUCGUUAAUUUGGAACUCCAGUUGCAAGAAUUUCAGAUUUUGUUAUUACAAAAUGAAGAAUAUCAGUAUAUUUGAUUAUAUUUUUAGCCUGAGCCACCUUAGGGCAUUUCUCAGAUACAUGUAUUUGCAAUAAAUGAAGAUAUUUAUGGAAAUAUAUGCAGAUGUGUAUUACCAAAAUUCUAUUUGAUGGAUAUGUUUUAUUUUUUAUUUUCUAGAAAUAAUAUCAAUUAUUAUACAAAAUGCUUCUUCAGUGAAGAUAUUAAGAUCAAAUUACAAUAAAUCAAUAAUGUAAUUUAAAUGCAUAUACAAGUGGUAAAGGGUUAAGUAAAGAUAUGAAGAUAAAUUUACAAUCAAUCAAUAAAUAAUAUAAGCAAAUAGGUCCCUCAGAAUCUCAUUAAUGAAAUAGAAAAUUGUUUGCACUUGCAUAGGAGAGUGCAUAAACGCAUGCUGUGCUAUACAGUCUGUUUUAGAUGAUUACUUACGUAAAACAGUAUUUAUAAUAUAAAAUAGUAUUUAUAGUAAAUUUUGUACUUUCAUUUUUUUUCUUUAAUUAACUUUUUUUUGAAGUCUAUGACAAAAUUUUGAGAAAGUUGUCUAUUAGUGAACGUGUCCCUUUAGAAUUGAUGUCUCUCAAAAUGGGGCUUAAUGCUUGUUCUAAAAAUGUUGUCCCAGAUUAGCUUGUGCAACCCGCACAGUCUGCUUGUCCGCCUAGCGACUGGAUGGUAACGGGUUCGAUCCCCACUGUGGGAGCGUUCUUUAGAUCACCCCCUAAGACACCAAGUACUGGUUCUAGGGAAACGGACUCGAGAGCGUUUCAAUAAGCCCGAGGCUUUCAAUGCAAUGGAGCUAAAAUAAAAAAGGUUUAAACUAAUCCGCACAGGCUAAUCUGGAACAACACUUUCCGCCUAGACUGGGUUUUCAUAUAGGAAAUACUUCCUUUCAAUAAAAUAUUCCUUAUAAGUGGACUACACUGGCUAAUAUGGGACAACACUUUAUGCACAAACUUGAAGCCUCGUUUCCCAGAGCGUUGCUAGGUGUUUUAAAUCUGGAUUUUGUAUCUUAAUAUAUUGACCAUGCAGCAUUCAUGUAAGCUUGCUUCCAUACAUACUAAGGUGCUUCAUUACUAAUUUGUAAAUACUUUGUGAAAACAUUGUACCGGUAUGCCAAAGUUUCUCAUUUUAUGUGUUGCUAAUUUUAGGUGUUAUAAAAUGCUGUUAUUUUAGUACCUAUGUUGACCUGUUAAUUAAAUACUGGAAAUAUCAUAAUUAAAUAUUCACCAGUAUCUUAAAUAACAUAAUAUUAGGCAUUUACCAAUGUUCUAAUUGUUAAUAAAAUUUAACGCAAAUCUCAUCAAAAUUUAAAAUCAUAUUGGGUGAUUUUUUAGUAAAUAUUUGUUUUUGUUGAGGAAAUGUUGAUUGUGGUUCUAUGUAUAAGCGAGUACAACAGAAUACCAUUCUCAAGAGAAACCAUGUCUAGUUUUGUGUAUAUUUCAAUUUUGAUGUAAUAUUGUGCGAGUUUUAAAUCUUUUAUGUAUUUUUGUGAUGUUUCAUUAUGAAUAAAACAUAAUUUUCUCAUUUUUAAACAAUUAUGAAAAUGUUAA